UUAGAAUUUGGGGGAUGAUUUUGCGCAGCAUGGGACCGCAAAUUAGUCCCUGCGCAUAAUUAGGUCGGGUCAACGCAGGUUGGUGGCCCAGAGAACUGACCCAAGACUAAUCAAUCAAGAGACGACACUUGAGUUCUAGAGUGCUAACUGAUCAGUCUCUUUUCUUUUCUGCUCUACUAAGCUUGUUAAAUAUUUUUCCGAGCAAGUUUAUGCAUGUAAACUAGUGAGUGAUUAAACUCAUAGCUGAUAAUAAGUUACGCCAAGUGUUUGUGGUCUUGUGAACUGUUUUCGCCACCUGAAGGGCCAACCACGUCUUCCAUCAUCUCCAAGGACAUUUGCAGUGGAUACCAGGAGGAUGAACAGACGACCAGUACCGACUGAUGAUCAAGAACCUUCACGAGAAGUGCAAGAUAUAAAUAUGGAUAUGGAUUCUGUUAAUGUAACAAGUCAUACUGAGAAUGUGAUUAAUGCCAUUAAUAACAGUGAUACCGCUAAUCAAGGACAUUUUAGUGUAGAAAAAAUUGUAAAUGAGAAAAUAAUAUCUCACGAAUCAAAAGAUAUUCCUAAAAAUCAAUUGAUUAAUAAUCUUCUGGUUAUGGCAAUUAAAUGGAGACGUGGUACAACUUAUACUGUGGCUCAAGACAUUUUAAAAUUAGUUAAUAUUUCAUCUCAAACAAAUAAUUUCAAAAGUUCGAAAUAUUAUUGGAAAACUAUUUUAAAUCGUUAUUCUCAAAGUAUCUCAACUCAUUAUAUUUGCGAUAAUUGCGAUAACUAUUUAGGUUCUGAUAAUGAUCAUCCUAUUAAUUGUCAGAAUUGUCAACUGGAAAUUAAUUAUAAAUCAAUUAAAGGUAAAUUCUUACACUUACCAUUAGCAAAUCAACUCAAAGAAUUGUUUGAAACAACCGAUGCUCACAAUCUAUACUCGAGAAAUCGUCAAAAAAUGAAUCAAUAUGGUGUUGAGGACAUUUAUGACGGUAAAAUGUAUAAAAAACACAUGUUCAAUGAUAGUAUGAUAUCAAUAAAUUUCAGUGUAGAUGGAGUACCAAUCUUUGAUAGUUCUAAUACAUCGGUAUAUCCUGUGCUUUGUACAGUAAACGAAUUAGAUCUAUGUGACAGACGGAACAAUAUUCUAUUAUCGAGUAUUUGGUUUGGAGUUGGUAAGCCGAAGAAAAUGAAUAGUUAUCUUAAACCAUUUGUGGAUGAAGCUAAAACGCUAUUGAGUGAUGGAUUCACUUAUUCAUAUUGUUACAUCAAAAUAACACACAUUAAGAGUUGUGCUCCUGUUUAGCCUUCGCCGAGCGAAAUAACUGGGACGGAGCUAUAAGGAUGACUGUUUAUUAUAAAUAAAAUUAAAAUAAAAAUACUUACGGUUCGUUGUCUAAGAGAUAAUUAAAAUUAUUAAAAAUUAAGUAAAAUAAAAUUUAAUUAAUUUAGUAAAAUAAUAAAAGCAAAAUUAAAACAACUGCCAAAUUUAUUUAAAUCAAAACAAUUAUUUAAAAAUUAUUACAAAACAAAAUUAAAUUUGAAUUAGACAAUUA